AUGGUCCGAGGAGUCUGUCUGGGAUUUUUUGAUGUGACGUUGGUCUUCCUCCUGCUGUGCUCCGUCACAGGCUUGCUGCAGAUGGAUCAGCGCAGAGAUGCAGAGGAUAACCAGGAGCACAACAAAGCCAUUUUGGAAAUGCUACAUAUAGAUAAAGUGUCUGCGAGCCAUCAGGCUAAGCCCCAUCCCUACAUGAAGAGGAUCUAUCAGCGCUUGGAUGCACUGGAGGCUCAAGACCUUGGAAGUUCAGAUGGAACGCUGGUGCAGAGUUACCGGAGUAUUGUUGGUCCACACGACGCGCCUCCAGGAUGGAUAUGGUUCAAUGUGAGCAGCCUGAACCCCUCCAUGCUGGGCGCAGAGCUGGUGCUGUUCCGCAAAACCCUUCACCCCCGGCCCAUCAGUGUGACGGUCGCCCUGCACAGUGUCACAGCUUCACAGGGAGCUCUGAAGGAAAGUCCUGCCCUAGAGGAGAGGCUGUUGACCCUGGACCAGCGGCCCUUGUCAGGAUAUGAUGUGUUUGAUGUGUCAGCUGUUCUCGCUCUGAGGCCUCUGGAGGUGGUGGGCUUUCAGCUGCGUUACACAGAUGAGAGUGGGAGCCUGGUCCUUCACGAGGCCCUGACACAGAGUCUGUACUGUCUGAACAGAGGCUCUCUGAGUGAACCCUUACUGGUGCUGUACCAAACAAAGCCUGUCCACACCUAACUCCGUCACUGGGACUAUCAUUCUGUUCAGAUGUGUUGUAUUAAAACUAGGGCUGUAAUGAUUCAUUUUAAGAACGAUUCGAUUCGUAUCACGAUUUAUGGUUGCCGAUACGAUUCAAGGAUGAUCUUGGUUCAUUUAAGAACGAUACCAUCCGAUACGAUUCAGUGACUUGAAAUCAAUUCAGUAACUUUUUAGCCAAAAAUUCAACCAGUGUGACUGUGAAAUAAAUACCUGGAUACUGGACAGUGCAGGUGAAGUUUCCUAGAUCCUUGUUGUUUCUUGUAAGGGAAUCAGGUUUAAAUUAAUCAUAGCUAUAAACAAGUAAACAAUAAUAAUAAUAGUAGUAAUAAUAGUAAUACACCCCUA